GCUCAGAAAUAGCACUCAAGCACCAUAUUUUAAAUAUCCAUCGUCGUUUUGCAACUGCAUGUCAACUUUGGGGACAAAAUAUGACAAACUAUAUCUGAGGCCAGUGUGGCGAGCCCCAGACUACACCUGGUGGCCGCGACGCCCACUCCCGGACCAUAUAGCUGCUGCUGGUCUGCUUGUCUGCCUGCUGGUGUCCUCUGCUGCUGGAGACAGAAGACUAAGUGUGCAUGUUAGGAGUCUGCUGUAUGAGGCGGUCGUUCCCCCAGUGCUGUCUGCCCCUUCCUGGGACGCUGCCACCUUGUCUUUGGUUGAUUUUGAAAGUUGUCCUUUUAAUAGCCAUGGAACCGGUGGUAGUUGGAGAGCAAACCACAUCUUUACCACCUUAUCCACACCAUGAAGAUGUUGCCAAGCUUGCUGCCAGUCAGAACAACUUUACACGUGAUUUAUACUUGAAACUGGCCAAGACAAAUUCUGGAAAUAUUUUCAUCUCUCCCUUCAGCAUCAUGACUGCAUUGGGAAUGACACAUUCUGGAACUGCUGGUAACACUGAGAAAGAGGUCCAGUCUGUUAUGCACCUUUCUCAAGACAAAGAAGCAAUUCAUAAUGCCUUUCAAGAUAUUAUAACAGAUCUGAAGGAUGAAUCAACUGACUAUGAGCUCAGGACAUCAAACAUGGCUUAUGUAUCUGACAAAAUGACUGUAUUGAGUGACUUCAGCAACACCCUAAGAGAGAAGUACCUUAGCUCCUCGAACACUGUAAAUUUUGCAGACAGUGAACGGGUACGGAAGGAGAUUAAUACUGCUGUGGAGAAGGAAACAAACUCCCGCAUUAAGGAUCUUAUUCCUUCAGGAAUGUUGAAUGAUUUGACAAAAAUGGUGCUAGUAAAUGCAGUGUACUUUAAAGGCUUAUGGGAACAUCAGUUUGAGGAAUCUGAUACAUAUGAUCAGGAGUUUUGGUUAUCGGAGAGCAAGAGCACCAAUGUGCCAAUGAUGCACAUUACAAAGCAGUUUCGCAUACAGCACAACAAAGAUCUUGGAGCAAUGCUUCUUGCAAUGGACUAUAAGGGAUCUAGGAUAAGUAUGGUGUUUGUGUUGCCGGAUAAGCGUGAUGGACUAGUAGAGGUAGAGGCAAAGCUGGCAACCACAGAUCUCAAUAAUAUUGACAAGAAGUUGCAGAGGGUUAAGGUGGAAGUCUGCAUACCUAAAUUCAAGCUGGAAGAAUCUCUUGAUUUGGUUGACCAUCUGAAGGAGAUGGGAAUGAGAGACUUGUUUGAUAUCAAAAGUUGCAACUUGUCUGGGAUCACAGGCAGCAAUGAUUUGUUUGUUUCUAAUGUGGUUCACAAAGCGUUCCUGGAGGUCAAUGAGCAAGGCUGUGAAGCUGCUGCAGCUACAGGUAUGGUAAUAAUGAAAAGAAGUCUGCCAAUGCCUCCUCCACGCUUCAUUGCUGAUCAUCCCUUCUUGUUCUUUAUUAGAGAUCAACAAACAGGAUUAAUUUUGUUCAGUGGCAGAUUUGUUCUCCCUGAACACAUGCCAUCUAAAGAUGAACUUUAAUCAUUAUUAAUUUUUAAUUGUUCUGGGAAUUGUUUAUUUACAAUGUAACUAAAGCUAUGACAACUGGAA